CUACAUUAUACUUUUAUCUGCUGCAAACCGGCAUCUCUAGAAUUUUCCUAGCACGUGCACAUAAAUAAAAGGUUCUUUUCGUUUAAAAUACAAUUAAGAAAUAAAACACAUGGCUGCUCAGGCUAUUAAAAGACUGAUCCCCCUCUUUGACAGAGUCCUAAUUAAAAAGGCAGAAGCAGCCAGCAAAACCAAAGGAGGAAUUGUUUUGCCUGAUAAAGCACAAGGCAAAGUUCUGAGGGGUACUGUGAUUGCAGUGGGGCAAGGUUCCCGAAACCAGAAUGGACAAUUCAUGACACCAUCCGUUCAAGUUGGAGAUCAAGUGCUCCUCCCUGAAUAUGGGGGUACUAAAGUAGAGAUAGAAGAAAACUCCGAAUACCAUUUGUACAGGGAAUCUGAUAUUUUAGCCAAAGUAGAGUAGAGUAAUGGUAACUUCUGCAUUUGAGUAAAUGUAUCAUUUUGUAACAUCAAUAAUUCCACUAGUUCUUUAUGAUCUGCUUGAUGUUUACAAACUUUACAAAUGCUUUUAGAGUUAUCACCAUUUACUAAAAGCAUUUGUGUAUGUUAAGUUGUGUAUGAUUCUGUACUAGUUGUUGUUAGAGUUAUUUUUCAUUGUGAAUAAAUUUUUACAAAAUA